UCGCGUGAAGGUGUUGCAAUGUGGAACUGAGUUCUUUAUUGGAAACUACAAAACUCAGCAGCACAUCAGCUUAGCACAUCAUUGGAGGCUUGGUAGGCAUUGUAACCAACAUGGGGACCCAUCUCUUUGCCAUCGUGGUGUCCCUAGCAGUUUCUGUCAGAGGAAUUCUUUCCAGCAAUGUCACCCUUGGCCCCUACGAGACAGCCCGAAUAACAUCUCCUUCCUACCCUAACAACUACGGCAAUAACUUGAACAUCAUCUGGGUCAUUCAGACUGUUGAACAUUGGCGGAUUCACGUUAUCGCUUCAAGUUUUAACACAGAAUCCUCUUACGACCCCCUGCGAGGCGGUGAUGGCACAGACAGCGCAAACUCGACAACUGCGAUUUUCGUUUCAAGUGGGUCCAGAGGUCCAGAUGCAGUUUCCAAUGGACCUGUGAUGUGGUUGAGGUUCACAAGUGACUACAUUAUCUCAUCCUCCGGUUUCAUCCUGUGGGCUGUCAGUGUACCAUCUCAAUCGAGUUUGGAUUUCAACUGCACCUUUGAAGAUGGAUUGUGUGGUUGGACGCAGUCAACCGAUGAUGAUUCAAACUGGACUCUGGAUAGUGGAGGAACUCCAUCUUCCGAUACUGGCCCGUCUAUCGACAAAACAAUAGGCAGCACAAUUGGAACCUAUUGCUACUACGAGGCCACAGGAAGGAGUGAAGGUGAUAGAGCUGUGCUAGUUAGCCCAGUGGUUGCACGUGACAUUGGGAGAUCUCCGAGUAACUUCUGCUUCAGCUUUUGGUACAGCAUGUACGGCCUAUCUAUGGGCACUCUCAAUGUGUACGGGGUCCCGAUUAACGGAAGCAUUGAUGACGGGGAGGUUGUCUUCACACGGAGUGGACAGCAAACCACAAGCUCAAGGACUUGGCUUUUUCAGUCGAUAUGUCUCUCAGGCCCUGCUCCCAGGUUCAAAGUAGCCUUUGAAGCGGUACGAGGCAGUGGCUACACGUCGGACAUUGCAAUCGAUGACUUGGUUGCGUCGGUUUUUUCCAGUGUCACGGUGUUGUUCUGGGAUUCCACCACAAUCUUCCCACCUGUCGGUGGAAUAUCUCACAUAGUAGAGGGCGAAGACCAAUCCUUUCUCUGUCAGGUUGUUGACCUGCAACAAGGGGCAUCUUUCAGGUGGACAGUGGACUACCAGGAAGUGACGCCGGACAGAAGCAGCAGCCUACGAGACAAUAGCGGACUUUACACGAGCACAAGCGUUCUCACACUACCGGUAAUUACGAGUGCACGGCACGGCAAGGUAGUACAAUGCCACGCCCAACCAACAAACCAAUAUCCCUUAAGUACUGUGGCAACGAUUUACGUCAAAGUUCCACCGAAGCAAAGCAAUCUGUCACUGUAUGACAGCGAUGGCAUCUUAGGUGUGAGUGUUAGCGUCGUGGAAGGUGCGCCAAAGGCAUUCUUUUGCACAGUUAAGCUAACAAGACCGGCUGCUACCAUCCAAUGGCUCCUGAAUGAAGCCAAUCAAAUGACCGACACCCCUCCCUCUGGAGGAAGUGACGGAUUGAUGGAUACCACCAGCAGCUGGACGCUGGUACCCAGCCGAGCCAACCACGGGCAGAGGGUCAAGUGUGUGGCGAGUACACCCGAGUCAGAGAGUCCGUUACCGUCAGUGACGGUUACGCUGGAUGUUGAAGGACCCCCUGACACUCCCUCUAUAACAGGCAGCCAGGAGAUGACUGAAAAUGAACUAGCUCAGCUGGUAUGCCAAGCCGACUUGGGCUAUCCUAACGACUGGGGCCUGGUGUGGUCUACAGGCGGUUUACCUGCCCAGGGCUCGCUGACCACCGCUGUGACAACAUCAGGAAACCGGUUCAAAUUCACCAGCACGUUGAACUUCCAGCCAGCGAGAACAAACAACGGGGACAUGAUCACUUGUUCUGUGGCAAGGGGCUCUUUAACCCAAGGCCUUACGGAGACUUUUGGUCCCAUCAAUGUCAAAUACCCCCCAUACUUUUCUGACCUGGAGACGCCAAGAACGGUCAGUGAGGGUGAUGACGUCAUGUUUACUUGCCGCGCAGAUGCAAACCCCAAGCCCGCCAGAUUCAUCACUUGGGAAAAGGUGGGAUCCCCAAACACCCUAUCCUCAGUCUACAGCAAUGGUUCAAGCAGCCUAGCACUGCUCAACAUCAGCAGGGAGCAGGCUGGCCGGUACAGGUGCCGUGGGGACAAUGGUGUCCCGCCCGUUGUGUAUUCCAGUCAGAUAAACGUCACCGUGCGAUUUAAGCCCCGUCCACCUAUGGACAUCUUGAUUCAACAAGGAGGUCUCACCUCGGACUCUCUGACGAUCGCGUGGACGCCAACCAACGACGGAGGCGAGGAGCAGUGGUUCUACGUCAAUCACCGUGAACUGGAGUCGACCGCCGACUUCGACCCCGCCACGAGAAGUAUCAGGCUGUACAAUGUGAGCAUGUUCACAGUGGUGGGUCUGCAUCCCGACACUGCGUACGAGGUUGAGGUGUACGCCGAGAACGCCAACGGAGUCAGUGGCGCAGUGAAAACAGUGGGGACCACUAAGCGGUCCUCUCUUGCACAUUUGGGGUAUAUUGCUGGUAUGUCUGUAGAAGCUUUGAUUCUGCUCCUCAGCAUCAUAACAAACCUUGUCCUUUGCUGGAAAUGGAGGAUCACUACUAAGCAAGAAAAACAACAACGUGCCUCUGAAAGCAGGAGAGCAAAGACGGGAGCGUCACCCCGGGUAGUGGAAGUAACCGAGGACUACGAAAUUAUGAGUAUACCUAUGCGGACUAUCCAAGCAAAAACUGCUGCAGUAGCCGAAUCCACAUACGACAACAUCGCUGAGUCCCAGGUAACGAUCUCCCGAGACCAGCUGACCUUCGUGCGAGAGCUCAGACAAGGCGCUUUCCGCAAGCUGCUGCUUGCUAAGGCCGAGGGCAUCGAACUGCCUGGCGUUGCUACGCCAGUGGUGGUUAAAACCACACAAGAUGAGAACGAUCCCAGUGAGAAAGAAAGCCUGAUGCAGGAGUUGAUGUCAAUGAAAGCGCUUACCAGCCACGCUAAUAUUGCAAGGCUUCUCGGGUACUGCGUCGACAAAGAUCCAGUAUACGUAAUCGUUGAAAAUGUGGCACAUGGGACGCUGAAGGAGCUCCUUACUGAGUACGCCGACCAGUCGGAGCAGGUGUAUGAUAACUUGGGGGGCGCUGCUAACAUACCCCUCACUCCCAGGACUCUCCUCAGCAUGGCCAAGGACGUGGCUGAAGGCAUGGCUUUCCUGGCCUCAAACACGUGUCUUCACAAAGAUCUUGAAUCUUGCAACGUUUUCGUUGGUGAAGAAAUGGUCUGCAAACUCCUUGAUUUCGGAUAUGCCAAGGAUGUCGCGCAUUUGAGAAAGCAUCAACACCAAAACCAGGGUCUUGUCCCUUUGCGAUGGAUGGCGCUGGAGUCGGUCCUUGAUGACGUAUACACCACAAAGAGUGACGUGUGGUCUUUUGGGAUUCUACUUUGGGAGAUGAUUACUCUUGGUGCCCGACCAUACCCUGCCCUGAAUGCUAAGAAAGUGGUUACCAAGGUGAAGUCAGGGUACCGGAUGCCCCAUCCCAGCCACUGUCACGUGCAACUGUAUCAAUUGAUGCUGGAAUGCUGGGCUAAGAAUCCCGAAGCUCGACCGACCUUCGCGACCGUCAGUGAGACACUCGAAGGGCUAAUGGGGAAAGCCAACGAGUACAUAGCUUUUGAGUCCUACCAGGCACACCUCUUCAAGACGGCGGUCUCAGGUGGUUCAGACUAUGAAAAGAUAUAAGUCCACACUAGAGUGUGAAAUUCUACCAUUGAUAUUGAAAUACAUUUUGUAAUGUGUAUGCGUUUAAUGACCUGGACAUUAAGAAUCUUGCAAGUUUACCGGAAGCUACAGGCUGCUAAAAAAUAGUAAUAAUAAAUUUCGCUUACAUUUCAUUUUCUGAGAUAAACAAUUAAUAAUUUAUAGAUAGAAUAUACUCGGCAAAUAAAAACAGUGUUCUUCAAAGCAGCUUUUUUUCAAAAGAGAAUGCAACCAAAACACACCCAUAAUACAGCUAAAGAAUAGGCUGAAAGUCUGAUGUUGGAUAUUUUCUUUAAACAAAUCAUAUGUUGGAGGAGAGGGGGUUGCGAAGGACUUGUCUAAGCAGUGUGCAUUUAUGUAUGAUUCAUUUUUGGUUGAUUGAAGUGCAUUCAUAGGCGCGCCUUGAAAACCUUUUUUAUGUAUUUCAUGGUGCGAUGUAAUUAUGACAGGAUAGUAUACAAUAUUGAUUUUGUAGUCUUUUGUUGUAUUUUAAUUCUUUCUUCAUUUUAUUAUGACAAAGAGAAUCGAUCUGUUAAACUCCUAUCAGAUUAUGAGGAAGUAGCUUUGAAGAAAACAGAUUCAAGUGCAGAAGUUACAUUCUGAAUCCUGUACGGCCAUUUGAGUAUACCUUUUCAUGUAAAGUAAGCCUUUAUAGGCUUUCCUAAAAGCUACACUGGUGGUCUGUAAAUCAUAGCCACAGUUUGGCAAGGAUUACUGUCAACUCAGCUUACGAAAAAAGUGGAAUGAUCCACUCUCCUAUCCUAACGAAUUUGGUGUUGCUAUCCAGAGAAAUUUAUCCAGUCUUUUGUGUCAUGUCUGUGAAUUAUGACACACAGGAUUCUUAGUUUUGUUUCUGCUUUUUCUAUUACUGUUUUUAAGAAUACACGCAGUUAUCUUCCUCUAUUAAAAUUUGUUAUUUGGCCAAAAUGUUUUAAUCAGAAUUUGGAUAGAUGUUGUUGAAACUUACAGUAAAGUUGUUUGAGUCGUAGAUGAAUCCAGAUGACAGCGGUGAGCGUCUGACAUACAUGUAAUCAAUGUUAUUGCGUUGUAGGCGGUAUGCUUGCAUGUGAGAAUACAAAUUCAGCUUAAAGAAAGUAGUUUAAGCUAUAGAAACGACCAUGCCAUCGUAAGUAAGAAAAAGAAUUUGAAUUAGAUUUAUACGUUUGGUAUUAAAUAGUGUUUCAGUUUGUAUGUUGUAUCUUCUUCAUUGAUUCAGGGACAAAAGUUCAAAUGCUUUAUUCAUCGAACUUCCACAUUGUUCACCUCGACCAGAAUUAUUUUGCAAAAUGUGUUUUGAUACAACUGACAAAAGGCACAAAGUUUCGCGGUUCUACUUUCUUAGACAAAGAUUCCGUAAAUGUGCUAUUCAAGUUUCUAAGAGAAUCAAGAUGGAAAUUUGUUAAUUGAAUAAUUUAAUGACUUGAAGAUAUAAACUAGUAAUUCAACAUCCUGUCAGGGGAAUGAAAUCUACAAUAAUUCUACAAAAAAUCGAGGAAGGGAUUGGAAUAUUAUUUCACAGAAUAAUUGUUGUUUUGUAGAAAGUGCUGUAGGUAGCUGCUUGUUAUUUUGUUGUGAAAUUAGACACCAAACGAUUGCACUGUUUUGUAAUAUUAAUCCAACUAAUCCGUGCCUUCGUAUUGUGUUGCACAGUUGGCUUCCUUCUGCGAUACUCAAAUUUACAAAUAGUUCUAACAGGGAAGACAAACAAGAUAUCAUCCGGAUGUAACAGCAGAAGGCAUGGUCCUCUGCCAAACACUUUCCUCGAGGUGCUCUCUGUUUUGUUUUGGUUUUUAUCUUUCUUUUUUGGUUCAUAUAGUUGAUUAUUUUCAGCCUUCUUAGUAUCCACCAAAAAACAAAGGCAUUUAAUGCAUAAUGUUCAAUCAAGAUAUUCUGAAACUCUGUUUAUAUUUAUAAAAACCCAGCAAAGCAUUAUGCAAUAUAAGUAUUUCUUCCCUGUGUUGACAUUUCUAAAUGUCGGUUGGCAAUUGCCAAAAGGAACUUGUUAACAGCGUCCUUCCUGAGGAAAUUUUGUGAUUGGAAAAUCAGGCUCUCGCUCUUAGCAUUUCCAAAGACCAUCAAAAUAACCAUGAACGUCGCAAAGGGUAAGGGGAACCUAGAUGUAAAAAAAUGAACUACAAAAUAGGACAAAAACGAACGAAAUUAUAAAAAGGGACAGAGAGUAUAAAAAUAAAACGACGUUUUUGAAAAAACCUAAAAACUGACUCCCUCCCUUUAUCAUGAUUUCGCUGAUAAUCACUUUACGACUUUUAGGAAGUAUGUAUAAAUCAGUUCAUUUUCCAUA